AAGUUAUGUUUUAGAGACCGUGUCACCCUCCAAAACGACUUGAGUACGGAGGGAGUAUUUCUCAAAAAAUUAUAUAUUGUUGACUAAAGAGGGAGUAGUUCUGAACAAGACAUCACUUUGGGAGCUAAACUGAACUUAGAAAAUAAAAACUAGGGACACCCACAAAUAAACCUUGUGCUUGAGCAGCCGUAGUAGUCACGCUGCACCCGCAUCCGCAUGCACCAGUCAUGGCGAUAUCAACAUUCUACUGCCUUCUCCUCCUCUUCCAUUUCUUCGCCUUCCUCUCCUCGAUCAGAACCGCCGGCGAUGUGACGGCGAUCGCCGCCGUCGGCAGCGAAGAAGAAGAAGAACACGCCGUGGCGAUCACUGCGAGCGGCCCGUCGUCACCGUCGACACCGCUGCCGGUCGCGAUGGGCGGCGCCAUGGCCGGCUUCGGGUUCUUGUUCCCCAAUAAUCUCCGGCUUCUCCGCGGCUUCCCGGCGGUGCAAGAGUUGCACGCGAACAAGGGCAGCGGCGGCGGCGGUGUGGCGGUCUGGGGCUCGAGCAUCCCUUGGUGGGAGUGGGACAACCCCGCCGCGCCUUCCGCGCUCCGAGCCGCGCUCUGCCGCCUUUACGCCGAGGCGUACUGCGGGUCGUUCUGCAGCAGGAGGAUUCAUGGAGCCGACGCGGUGGAGGAGGAGAAGGAGAAGAAGAAGAAGCUUCGCGUGCUGCGCUACGACGCCAACGCGGCCGUGGGCGGCGACGACGACGACGAGCUGCAGCAGUGCAGGCUGAGGUGCGUUGCCGUUGUCGAUCUCCCCUGCCACGCUCUAGGUAGAGGCGGCGUCCACACUGCCUACUAUUCAGUGAUUUUUGACAGGUUGCGAUGGCUGGUUAUGAAUCCAUUAUCACUACAACCAUUAUUGGUACUGCUUAUUGCGACAACUUGGAUCGUCGAUUAUUUUCUUCUGAAAAAUAGGAUGGACAAUGAAAGGGGAACUGAAAUCAGUACAAUAGAAUAUUUUUCAACUGAUGAAGGAGUCGAUUUAACACGAAGUAGUAUUGCUAGCAUUGCUCCCAUAGAUCUAUCAACUAUGGAAAGGGCCACGGGAGGCUUCUCCAAGAGGAAUAUCAUUGGUGAAGGUGGUUUUGCAAUUGUUUACAAGGGAAAACUACCUAGGAAUCAUGUCCUUGCAAGAGAUUUACAAUACAAGAAGAAGAUUGCAGUAAAGAGGCUUAAACCAUCGGCUCUGUCCACAAAAGGCUUGCAUGAUUUCACUAGAGAAGUGGAGCUGAUGUCUAGGGUUAGGCAUGGCAACCUCAGCCAGCUCCUUGCCCACUGCAUUGAAGGGGAUGAGCGGAUACUUGUAUAUGAGUACAUGCCAAAGAAGAGUUUGGAUGUCUACAUAUUCGGUACACCAAAACGUCGGGCUUCUCUAAACUGGGCAAAGAGACUAGGUAUUAUCAACGGGAUGGCCCAAGGUGUCAACUACCUUCAUGAAGGAUCAGGGGAGAUUGUCAUUCACAGGGAUCUGAAGCCUUCCAAUGUGCUCCUUGAUGAUGAAUUCACACCAAAGAUAGCGGACUUUGGCACGACUAAACCACUUGUUGCUGAUGGCACUGGAACUCAGACUAUAGUUUUUUCACCGUAAGAAAUUGUUUUAGUACAUAAAAGACAAAUACAUAUACCCACAUAUUGCACACACCAGAAACUGUUUUAACACCCUCAUGAGACGGGGCCCAACAUUGAAUCCUUGAGCUCACAAAAAUUUCUACUGAAUAUGCACGUGUGUACAUAUAAUUAUGGGCACUAGGAUUUAAACCUAGUAGAUAUAGUUAUUCAUCCACAACUACAUCACAAAAAAGGUUCCCUUCAGGCUUCAGCAUAAGAAACUUUUGACAUUCUCCAUUGGACUACAUGUGACCAAGUCCCUCUUUGAAUGGUUGCUUACUUUUCUUUAAUUGUGAUUUUGUUCAAUAGCGGUUUAAUUUAGUGCACAUCACAGAGGUUAUGCAGCUCCUGAGUACAUCCGAGGGGAUGUGACAUUGAAGUGCGAUGUGUAUAGCUUCGGAGUUGUGCUACUAGAGAUAAUCAGUGGGCAGAAGAACACUCUUAGGCCAAGCCUCCUUUCAAAGGCCUGGAAACUGUGGGACGAGCACAGGAUCAUGGACCUCGUUGAUCCGUCAAUGGUGAGACGCUGCUCUGGAGCGGAGGGGCUCCAAUCGCACGUGCGUAGGUGCAUCCAGAUCGGGCUCCUCUGCGUACAGGACUCGCCCUGUGACAGGCCGACCAUGUCCCAGGUUCUGGCGAUGCUCACCGGCGACGACUCCUCAUGGCUGAACAAGCCUAAGCCACCUGCCAUGUUCGACGACCACCACCGCCACUAACCGUCUCUCUCUCUCUCUCACACACACACAGAGUUGUUCACAGAAUUGUAGUGGUAGCCUUUCAGAAGAUUGACUUAUUAUUACUAAAUGAUGCAUACGAGUCUAGUAGUUCCGAUGCUUGUAGUCAGUUGUAUUAGUUGAUAAAGUAGGAGACAAAUUAAGGCAGUUGUUCUAAUCUUUCUCGUAGUACUAUCACUUUCUCUCCACUGAUGUAAUCUGAUCUUUUAUA